GGAUUGUGUGUUUAGAUUUCGUUUCACAUACGAUCUGGCAACUUGGUUUAUGACCGACAAACAUACAAAACUUGUGUAUGUGUAUGAUGAUUAUUCAUAAUGAAGUUUGAGGGCCAUGCAAAUUGCGGGAGUUAAGGGGAAGAAAAUAAAACGGGAUGGCGGCCGGAGACGGCCUUGGAAUACGGGACGAACCUUGGAAUACGGGAAAAUCGGAAGUGCUGGAAGGCAUGCGAAGGAGAUCCGUUCCUAAUUCUGUCUUCGGAACAGCUACUGGACUUUCCAUGACUGGCUCACUGCACUGUCUUGAUGAUCUGAGAAAAGUGUCAUUUGGCUCUGAGUUUCCCAGACAUGGAUUGAAGCUCCUCUACUGGUUCGCUGUGAGCUGUGUAGAAUUCUCUCCAGGUGGUGUAAUGAAGCUAAAGUGUGACCCAUAUGCAAGACAUUUUGGGUUCCACUACUAUGGAAACUACGAGAAACUUCUUCCAGAACAUAAGCAAUGCUAUUUCCGUUAUUUUGUGGUAGGCAACCUGAACCCUUUAACUCACCCGAGAGCUCUGGACCUGCCUAAUUAUGUGAAGGGAACAUACGGUUCCAAUGGCAGCUUUGAGCAAAACAUGGACCGCAUUAUUAUUAGCUUCAACAAUAUCACAAAGAUAAUAACUGAUGUCUACAUCACUGAGCACUGGCAUGGAUUGAAAUGCUUCAGACCAGAUGGGACGUAUCUUCUGAGCCCUGAGCUCCUUAAGAUCGUACAGCAAAUGACACUGACGGAAUUCCUCACCAGGACCGCCACCAAAUAUUAUACGGACGAGUCAUCUGAUGACAGCAAUGAGUUACACACCAAUGAGUGUGCUGUCGAAUACAGCAAUGACAACAACAUUGGCUUUAACAAUAAGCCUAAAACAGAGAGCAUGCAUUGUGAAACGCUGAGUAGGUUGGGAGUUAAGCAGCCCAGCCCUGCUGUAUUUCCAGAAUCAUUAUGUCACUUAGGCUGUACAACUCCAGUUAUCUCAAAACCAUCCAGCUUCCAUAAUGCCACACAACCUGUUACCCCCACAGAGACCCACAAACCUGCACAGUCCAAUAUGCCUUCAAAACAUAUGGGAAAGAAAACUUGCCAUUCACAACCGAUUUCUCAUCCAAAUUUCCUCCAGAUCCAUACUCCUGAUCUUGCACUUCGAAAUCAGACCUCAUGUAACGUCUGUGUUUCUGAUUCGGGGCUCCCAUCUUCCUCCCCACCUCCUAGCCCCCAUCACAAUUCUGCGACAAACUCUAUCUUGUCAGAGUCUGAAACUGGCCUCGAGUGUCAGAGCCAACGAAGUCCAACCAGUAAGGACAACGUCUCCGAGCUUCAAGGGAGCGGGUCCGGCUGCUGGCUGGACUCCGCCGAUGUGGCGGUGUUGAGUUUUCUUACAGUGUUGGCUAUACUGGUGAUCCAGUUUUACUUUGUGAGACUUGGCACUGUGUUACUAGUCGAACUGCUGCUGGGACUGGCCCCCAUUCCUGACAGGCAGAGAGCUCCGGGGAAGAAGCCCAGCAGCCCUCAUUCAGAGACCCCUGCUGGGCCUCUGACGAGGGCUUCUCCCGUGCACCCAAGGUCUGGUAAUAAAAGAAAACGAAAGAAAAAUAAGAAGCGUAAAAAAAAGUGAGGAGUAUUCUCUGAUAAAGAGUGACAUGGGGUUCCAGGCAUUUCUGCAACCUUUUAUAUCUUUUUCUGCUUGCUUAUCUAUCUUUUUAUCUAUCAACUUUAUGUUUAUAUGUAGCAUCAUAGUCUGAGCAACAAAAAUUCACGUUUCUGUAUCCAAUGUAUUGUCUAUGGCUAUUGUGACAAUUAAACCCCGCUUGACUUGAUUUGCCUUGACCUUUGCUUGAGUCUCUCACUACAUAACCUCGCU